AUGUCCGGCAUGGCUUGCACGGCUUCCAAUUGGCUGCUGGAGCUUCCUGCAGCCAAUCAGAAGCCGCGCUUUGGAAGUCGAACGGACUUCCGGAACGGAUUCUGUUCAACUGCUGAGGUACGACUGUACAACUUUAUAACAUUAUUCUAUGUUGCAGUCUCCAAGGCAGCUGUUGUCAACCUACUGCUAGAUGAUUUGGACAACAACUCCCAUAAGCUGCAGACAGCAUAUGCUGAUGGGAGUUGUAUUCCAAAACAAUUGGAGGGGCACCAGGUUGUGAAAACUACUCUAGGGCCUAGCACUUGUGUUAUGCUGGUAGCACUAAGAGUCACUGGACUGCUACUCCUCACACUGGUGUGGUGUUAA